AUGCGGCUGCUGCUGGGGGCAGCGCUCCUGUGCCUCGGCCUGCGCCCGGGCCACGGCUCCGAGGAGGCAGCGCCCGACAGCCCCGGGCACCAGGACCCGCAGGCGGCGGCAUCCUAUUCCGACUGGGGCAUCGACACCAUCCGCGAUGGCUUCGAAGCUGUCAACAGCUACUUCGACUCCUUCCUGGAACUGCUCGGGGGGAAGAACGGGGUCUGUCAGUACCGCUGCCGAUACGGGAAGGCUCCCAUGGCACGGCCUCACUACAAACCCCAGGAACCCAACGGCUGUAGCUCCCAUUUUCUGGGGCUCAAGCUAGACUUGGGCAUCCCUGCCAUGACCAAGUGCUGUAACCAGCUGGAUGUUUGCUAUGACACCUGUGGGGCCAACAAGUACCGCUGCGACGCCAAGUUCCGCUGGUGCCUGCACUCCAUCUGCUCCGACCUCAAACGCAGCCUGGGCUUCGUCUCCAAGGUGCAAGCCUGUGAAUCCAUGGCAGACACGGUGUUCAAUGCAGUCUGGACCCUGGGCUGCCGGCCCUUCAUGAACAGCCAGAGGAGCGCCUGCAUUUGCAGCGAGGAGGAGCGCGAUGAGCUGUGAGCAACAGCAGCCUGCCAGUGUCUGUGAGCCCCUCUGCAGCACAGAGACUCCUGCCGGCCUUGGGACGGGCACCUGAGCUGCUGCCAGAGCCCCUCUGCAGCACAGAGACUCCUGCCAGCCUUGGGACGGGCACCUGAGCUGCUGUCAGAGCCCCUCUGCAGCACAGAGACUCCUGCCAGCCUUGGGACGGGCACCUGAGCUGCUGCCAGAGCCCCUCUGCAGCACAGAGACUCCUGCCAGCCUUGGGACGGGCACCUGAGCUGCUGCCAGAGCCCCUCUGCAGCACAGAGACUCCUGCCAGCUCCUGUCAGCCCUCGGGAGGGGCACCCAAGCCAAGGCACCCACAGCAGCCUCGGGGCAGGGCAGGGCAGAGCCAGCCCAUGGACAGAGGGCAGCCCCCCCAUUGCUCCUUCCCAAGCCCACAGGAUCCCAUGCUAGUUCUCUCCAAGGCAAGCAGGAUGCAGUGCUGCUUAUAAACACAGGACUUACCUUGAAUACCUGCUAUCACCUCCCCCUACCCUGUAACUCUCCAAUUUGCAGUGCAAGGCAGUAGGUUUCUGCAAGGCCUGUGAAACUCCCAGUGCAUGGAUAUGCAAUGCACAUUUUUGCACCCCUGGUGGCAGACUGAAGAGGGGUAAUUUGCUUUCAGUGCAUUGCUCCCACCCAUCCCUGACACUUUCCAUCCUGUCAUUACACGCCCUGACAACCCUGAAUAUUUAAAUACUUGGUGGACCCUAAACUGAUUUAGGACAUCUGGAGAUUUCUUAAGCAUGAGUUAAGGAGAAGGGCUUGAGGUGUUUGUGGUACCAAUUGAUAUUCAGGACCAAAGCUCAGCAUUUAUCAGAUGAGAAAUCACAGCCCUCUCCGCCAGUCUCAGGAGAGGAAGCCACUUUUCUUCUGCCAGUGUCAUCCACAUAUAUUUAAUUACUUUUCUCCUGUAGCAUUUAACAAAGCUUUGCCCUCAGGAUCCCUUUUCACACAAAAUGGCUGGGAAUACAACUCCAUCUCUAGCACAAGCAAAACAGGAGGCUCACAGGCUCACAGUGGACUUGGAUGAGAUAUUCCCAAUUCUGGAGCCUUAUCUGUCAGGUGACAGGACUUAUGUGCUACCUCUGUGGGGCUGCUAUCAGCAGCCUCAGACAUCAUUCCUUCUAAAAUGUGGUUAAUGCCCCCAUCUGUUAUGGGGAGCUUUUGUUGCAUGCAAAACCAGAAUUUAAAGUGGUGCAUGGCAUUUUGCCUCCACAGAACAUUGGCAGGCAGCUUGCAGCUGGGUUUCUUGUUGGAAGGAAGUUGCUGCUAGGUGUGUGCGUGCCAUGCCACGUAAAUAUUUCAGUGGCUCCUGCAAACAUAUUUAUGGUUAUGUUCUUCCAUCUGCCACAGAGAAGUUAAGGCUGCAAAAGGGUGAUUUAACAAGAGUGGAAAGAGUCUGUCUUGGUUGCUUUUCUUCCAGUUUAAAUGGGUUUAAAAUGUAUGCAUGGAGGUAUAAAUUAUUUAAGCCCUGUUCCUGUUCCUGCCAGUCAUCUUUGCCUUACAGUGAACAUCAAGGAGAUGUUCAGCUGGCCCCAAAUGGGCUGGAACAGCAAGAGGCCCCUGGUACCCAGACCAGGAAAAUGGAAGUGACUGCAUGGGGUGUACUGGGAUGUUUUCCAUCACAGAGGACUUCAACACUGCUCAGAUGUAAUGACAGCCUUUCCUAGCUGGGCUAAUGCCACGGAGGAGAGAAUUCUGCAUUGCUGAGGUUCACUGCUCUGUCAGAGCAUGAGGCUGGACAGACAACCUUGAUUAUCCAGCUAAGAAACACCUACUUUUGGCUAGGGAUGGGAAGGAAACAUUCCUCAUUCCAGACACUGCCCAAACUUUGUAUUUUGCUGGUGAAAUAGUGCCUGUGGCCAGUUUAAAUGUGAACCUACGCCUAUGAUUAAAUGACAAAAAAGAAGUUAAAAUAUCUAUAUUGUCUACGUUCAAUAGCUGACUGCAUGGCAAAUAUCUUAAAUUACCUUAUAGUUCAAGUGAUAUCAGGUUAAAGCCAAGCAACUGCUGGCAGGUGAUGCCAUAACACUGGAGAAAUCAAAGGGUUCUGAACAAAAUCUCUGUACCCAGACUCUGAUGUGCUGGAGAUGUUGCUAACAUAAAUCAUAAUUUCUCCCUGCUUUCAGACCACCAUUGAUCUCAAAACCCUAGAGACUGCUGCAAGCAGGCCAGCCAGUGAAUCAGUUCAUUUUUCACUGCUAAUCUGAAAAACCCCACCAGCAGCUCUAUGAGGAAAUAUUUGAACUUUCAAGUGGUGGCAGUGACUCUGGCAAAGCAGCAGAUAAUCCUGUGCAGGAGCAAAUCAGAGCAUGAACCCAGGAAAACUGCAACCAAACUAAAAACUGCUUCCCCUCCGAGCCACUCCUGCUAUCCAGUGAUGUACAGCCAUGGAAGCAGCUGAUCACAGCAUUCUCCAGGUUGCUGCAUGAACCUUGGGUCAUCUUCAAUUCCACCCUGCUCUGGACACAAAGACUCUGCUUUGCCCAUCCUGGGGCUGCCUCUUGACUUUGUGCAUUGGUAGGAUUGGUUUCAGCUGCAGAGUGGAAAAGCUGCUUCGUAUGAAUUCAUCAGGAAGAACCAAAUAAUGUGCACAAUAACUGAAAUAAGCCAAGAAAGGAACUUCUCCCUCCAUCACUCCCCCUACAUAUCUUCUAUAUAAACAAACAAGAUCAGUUCAUUCUCCAGAAGGCACCAGAUAAUUAAUUUAAUUUCCCAGCUCUUGUUUUAUCAAAACAAAUAUAUUUAGCAGAGGCUGCCUGAGCAAAGGAGUGACAGUGGGAAACUGCCCCUGUGGUCCUAAUGCAGAUGUGAAUCAGCAGAACAGCAAUCCUAGGAGAAGCCUUCUUCCUUUCUUUUUCUUUCACAUAUGGUUGGUAACACACAGAGUAUCUUUCCAUUUAUACUUACUUAUCAUCAUAGAGAUAUUUUUGUUUACUCUAACACACUCACAUGUAUUUCCAAGAUUGGAAAAGCAGCCAUGAAGCUAUUUUAAAAAAUUAUUAAACUCUCAGCCAUUAAAAGUUCAUUCCUCACUGGAAUCUCACUUGCCAGAACAAAUAAAUCUGUGAAAUAGGUUGAAA